CAUGCCAGCACAUCGUGUAACACAUCAGAACAUCACACCAUCAACAUGCACUUACAGCUCGUCCUUUAUGGUGUUGUCGUAUUUGGGCUACUGACCAGCCUUGAAGGUGACUGCCUGAAAAUCGUAGGUGGAAAGGAAGCAGCACCUCAUUCAAAACCAUACAUGGCCUACCUGUCCAUAGGAUGUGGGGCAGCUUUGAUCAAAGAGGACUGGCUACUGACUGCAGCACACUGUUUCACAUUAGGUGAAGUUGCAGUCCUGGGGGCCCACUCAAUUAUAAAAGAUGAAAAGCAGCAAUUAAUUGAAGUUGAAGAAGUAUUUAUGUACCCCAAAUACAACUGUCUAUCAAAGCAAAAUGACCUCAUGCUUCUGAAGUUGGGAAAACCGGCAACACUGAACAAAAAUGUCAGACUCCUUAGUUUGCCUAGUUCUGGAGACGACGUCAGUCCUGGGACCAGAUGUAAUGUCGCCGGAUGGGGCACCACCUCCUUCAUGGGAAAUAUGUCUGACACACUCCGAGAAGUCAAUGUUACUGUCAUAGACAGAAAGCUGUGCAACACCUUAAGCUACUAUAAUGGAUUCAUAUCAAAAAGUAUGCUUUGUGCUGGUGACAAGAUUGGAGGAAAAGACUCGUGUGGGGGAGAUUCUGGUGGCCCACUGAUUUGUGAUGGCGUCUACAGAGGAAUUGUCUCAUUUGGUUUUGAUUGUGGGCUCGCCAGAAAGCCUGGAGUGUACACCCUGCUCACAGACAAAUACCUGAAAUGGAUUCAGGACAUAAUAUCUGCCUAGUCAGUGGCUGCCUUCUUUGACUUUUGCUUUCAUAUUUUAUCUUGCAUGCUUUUUUGCAGUCAACAGGAGUCAUUGGCUGAAUGCUUGCCUGGUUUAAUUAAGCACACUCUGUUAUUUUCACUUUAACAUUCUUCUGUCAAAAACUUGCCUAAUCCAAAAAAAAAAAAAAA